AUGGAUGAAUAUAGUAGUAUAUAUUCACAACCAAAGACUCCUCGGUUGAAACAAGAAGGAUUUCCCGACUCCAUUGGCGAUCAACACGAAAAGGCAUUGAUUGAUGAAAAUGGUGAGGAAGAUAAAAAAAUGGCAUCCACUGAAGGGACCACUGGUGAUUCUCGCAGUACACCUUUGACUGUAUCUAUUCCGACGUUUGAAAAUGUCCAAGCAUUACCUACACCGAUGACCUACACUCCGUUAUCCCCAGGCAAUCUGUCAAUGUCACCUAUAGAUCAAUCCUCGUUGAAUAUACCCAAAAGACGAAGUCAUGCACGAUUACUGGAUGAUAUGCUUUCUGUUACACAACCAAACCAAAGAGUUGUUUCUGAACUUAUUGCACCAGCUAAUUUAUCCCCCCAAAGGGUUGUUUCCUUACCAACAGUGACUGAAGAGGCUUUAGUAAAUGAUUCUGUUGAUAGUGAUAACUACACGAAAGAACCUUAUUUUCCCGAAAGUAGUAGUUCUACCGAAAAGUGUGACGAUGAUAUAUUUCAGGGAUUUCUUUUAGAUCACUGGGAUCGCCCGUUAUUAUGGAAAAAGGUCAGGCCCAUUGGUUCAGGAAAUUUUAGUACCGUACUUUUAUAUGAACUCAUGGACCAAAGCAAUCCUAAACUGAAACAAGUGGCCGUUAAACGACUCAAAUAUCCCGAGGAAUUAUCAAAUGUUGAACAAAUCAAUACAUCGUUACGAUAUAAGGAAACUUUAUCCCGUUUGGAAAAUUCUCUGACUAGGGAAUUGCAGGUGCUAAAAUCACUAAAUCACCCAUGUAUAGUUAAACUACUUGGGAUAAACAAUCCAAUUUUUGUUACUAGCAAAAAACCUUUAUGCGAUUUGAUUAUAAAAACUCCAAGAGCUCUGCCGCCUUGUGAUAUGAUUAUGUCUUAUUGUCCUGCAGGAGACUUAUUAGCUGCCGUCAUGGCCCGUAACGGAAGACUAGAAGCGUGGCUGAUUCAAAGGAUUUUUACGGAAGUAGUACUGGCAGUAAAAUAUUUGCACGAAAACAGUAUUAUUCAUCGGGACCUAAAAUUAGAGAAUAUACUACUGAAAUAUAGUUUUGAUGAUAUCAACAGUUUUAGGGACUCACCCAUUUACUGCAAGCAAAAUUUCAUUGAGCUAGCAGAUUUUGGUCUCUGCAAAAAAAUUGAGAACAAUGAGAUGUGUACAGCAAGAUGUGGAUCAGAGGAUUAUGUCUCACCAGAAAUCCUGAUGGGAGUUCCCUACGAUGGCCAUUUAAGCGACACGUGGGCCUUAGGUGUCAUACUAUACAGCUUGUUUGAGGACAGAUUACCAUUUGACCCUCCUCCAAACGCUUCAGCAAGACAGCGUAGCAGAGCUACGUCACAUCGUAUUGCCAGGUUUGAUUGGAGAUGGUACCGGUUAAGCGAUUAUAAAACUAAUGUGGGAAAACAGAUUGUGGAAAAUACGCUAACGAGGAAGAACCAACGUUGGUCGAUUAAUGAAAUUUACGAAUCCCCCUUCGUUAAAACGAUCGCUGAUACUCUAAGUUUUUCUUGA